CGAACGGUUGUUUUGAAAAGCGCUUCGACAAAAGUUUUUAAAUUUGUUUUGAUUGGAAAAAAAUUAGAGCGUGUUUUUAAAAAUGGCGGUCUCGUACGCCGUUUCCCGCGUCUUGAGGCGCGCGUCGCCGUUCCUUUUUCAAAAAAGGUGCGAAUCGACGGUCGCGAGUUUCACCAAAGACGAGAUUUUGUUAAUGUUGAGACCUCCUUUUACAAAUUGGAGCGAUAUAAUAAGAGAUGCGGAAAAAGUUGUUGGAUAUCCGACCUCAUUUAUGAAUCUACGAUGUCUUCUGAGUGAUGAGUUCGCAAAUCUGGCGUUAUAUUUGAGGAAAUUGAUGGGAAGUAACCAUCUGGUCAUGCAGACAGCCAAAAACAUUUUAUAUGGCGACUCUAAGAACCUCCAACCUUGGGGUCUGAUCAUUCUACUCCUUUCCAAAUCUGUCAAAACAUCUCCUCCACUGACAAAGAACAUCGAGGAGCAACAAAGGAACCUCGCUGAGCUCACAGAAAUGAUAAGAACUGGUCAUUUAAUCCAUCACGGAAUUGUAAAUGUGCCUUACAAUAAACGGUCCAAGCAUACAGAAUCAGCAAUAUUCGGGAACAAAAUCGCUUUACUGCUCGGGGACUAUCUUUUGGUAACAGCUAAUGGAAUGCUUGCAGAAAUGAGGAAUUCUGACGUUUCAUAUAUCAUAUCGACUGCUUUAAAAGAUUUAUCAGAAGGAGAAUUCUUUGGAGAAAGAGACGAACAAAAUAUGCCUAUACCGGGAAAGCCUAAAAUUGCUGGAGAAGAUUUUGAGAUAACGUUUGAUACCAAUUGCAUUUCCGUAGACGAAGUUAUUGGGAAGCCAAGAAAGGAGUGGACGGCAAGAACGGUAUUCAAUGGCGUAAGCCUGUUGGGGAGGGGAUGCCAGUCAGCAAUGGUAAUCAACAAACAGAAUAGAGAAACACAAAACUGCGCUUACCAAUUCGGAUGCCACGUUGGCUUGGCUUGGCAAGCAGCUGUAGAACUUCAGCAGUUAACAUCAGAGACUAAAGAACAGUUUUGCUUGGCCAGUGCCCCAGUUUUGUUUGCUUUAGAAGGUAAUCCCGAACUAUACAAAGUUAUAGAUCAAGCGAAAAACGACGUUAAAGAUGUCGAUUACGAGGAUUUAAAGUUUAAUAUUCUGAAAACUGAUGCCGUGGACAGAACUAAGGCUUUGUAUGAGGAACAUGCUCAAAAAGCGAUCGCGUAUAUAGAAACUAUGGGUCAAAACGAAGCUGAAGUUGAAAUGGUCAAAAAAUUGAUUAAUACGUUUUGAUAAAUGAAUGGACUAAUUUGAUAUUACACUCACUUAAAUAGCGGGGUGUAUUAUCUCUCCAAUACUAAGAGUUAUAUUUUGUAAAACGGUAUAUUUUAAAUAAAUUGUUUGUAAAUUA